AUGGCACGAAAGUUGGUGGAGGUUAGUCGUCUGCCAGUGGUCCUCUUGGGCCUCGCUUUCAUCCUCUCAGCAAUUGCUGUGGGGACGCCGUACUGGCAAGGAAAGAGUCUUUUCGCCUCACAGAAUUUGCACUGGGAGCAGUUGUGUGCAGCAGUGGGAGCUCUUCUGAUCAUUGGCUGCAUCGGCACGGGUCUUGCCUUCUUCCUCGGCAUCUACUGGACCAUCUAUCCGGACACUGUGGGGCCCAUGCUCCUGGCCUUCUACAUCACGCUCUAUGUGGGUGUGGUAGCACUGAGCAUUGCCGUCCUCGUAUUCACUACUAUGAUCACAAAGACGUGGUCCUUUUUCAUGGCCAUUAUUGCCUGCUUCCUCGCGGCGCUAGUCAUUUGGGUCGAUCUACCGCUGCUCUCGGUUACUCCGCUGCCAUGGGGAAGUCGGCAGGUUCCCGCCCAUUUGUAG